CCCCAACGCUAGUCCUCGAGGCUACUUGAAAGAGUACACAAUAUGUAAACAUGCCAUGACGAUACACAGAUGAAAGAAUCGUCAAAAUGGUUUUCGAAAGUGUGGUAGUGGACGUUUUAAACCGGUUUUUAGGGGAUUACGUUGUCAACCUCGAUAGCUCACAGCUGAAGCUUGGAAUAUGGGGAGGUGAUGCCGUUCUUAAAAAUCUUGAAAUAAAGGAAAAUGCCUUGAGUCAGCUUGAUAUUCCCUUUAAAGUCAGAGCUGGUCACAUAGGACGCCUGGAGCUGAAGAUCCCAUGGAAGAAUCUCUACACCCAGUCAGUGGAGGCCACACUAGAUGGUGUCUAUCUCCUUAUAGUUCCCACAGCAAGUAUAAAGUACGAUGCAGAAAAAGAGGAGAGGCAGCUACAGGAGGCUCGUAAAAGGGAACUCGAACGAAUCGAAGAGACGAAGCUGAAGGCUGCAGAGCAAGAAAACCCGAAGCUGGAGAAGCAGGACACUUUUGUAGAGAAGCUUGUGACUCAGGUUAUCAAAAACCUGCAGGUCAAGAUCUCCAACAUCCAUGUGCGCUAUGAAGAUGAUGUUACCAAUUCAAACUGCCCUUUGUCAUUUGGGGUUUCACUUCAAAACCUCAGCCUCCAGACAUCAGAUAAAAACUGGAAGCCCAGUCUCUUGGAUGAAAAUUCCAGGCUUUUCUUUAAGUUGGUUCGACUGGACAACUUGUUUGCCUACUGGAACGUCAACUCGGCACUUUUCUCCAAUCACGAUGCUGAAGAGGCCUUACGUUGUCUUCAGAGCAGCAUGGAUAUUCACCGUUCUGUUCCUGCCAGCCAUGACUUCAUUUUUCGUCCCAUAUCAGCGGAUGCUAAAUUGCGGAUGAAUCCCAGGUCAGAUGUGGAUUUUUCUUCUCCAAAAGUGGAUUUGACAGUCCAUCUCAGUGAGGUGGCUAUUGAGCUCAACAAGCCUCAGUAUAUUAGCAUCUUGGAGCUGCUGGGCUCGGUGGAUAUGAUGUCACGAAACCUGCCAUACAGGAAGUACAGACCUGGGGUGCACGUUCACAAGAAUGCUCGCAUAUGGUGGAMGUACGUGAUUAAGGGGAUCCUGGAGGUGGACGUGAAGCCACGUCUCCACAUGUGGUCGUGGAAAUGCAUUCACCAGCACAGGCAGAGGGUGAAGUGUUACAAAGACUUCUACAAGACAAAGAUCACCAGCAAGAAGCCCAGCGAUGAGCUUCUCAAGCACCUAGAGGCAAGCAAGGCAGGGCUGCGUAUUUAUCGUCCAGGGUUGAAGAUGGAGGAAGAGCAGUCUCAGGGUUGGAUCAGCUGGAUGUGGAACUGGGGAGGAGAAGCUGAGACACAAACAAAAGAGACCAAACCUGGAAGUUUUGAUGAGUUUUUAACCCCUGCUGAGAAAGCCAAACUCUACACUGCCAUUGGAUACAGUGAAACUGCUGCUAAUCCCAACUUGCCAAAAAAUUUUGAAGACAUGAAGGUUAAUUUCCACAUGGAGCGGCUGAUUGUGUCCAUCAAAGAAACGAAGGACAAAGAUGAGAUCAUCAAGCUGACGGUGGGGGAGCUCAAGUCAACACUGGCACAGAGGCCUGGCGCUCAAGCCAUCAGAAUCACAGCACAACUCAGUUUGUUUGAAGUCACCGGUUUGGCCAUGAACAGGCCCGCACCAACCCUCCUUUCAUCGAGGAAGGCAGCCACAGGAGCAGGAACGCCGCUGCUCUGCAUCCUGUUUGAAACCAACCCGCUGGAUGGGACUGCAAACCAGCGGCUCCACGUUGAAUCCCAGCCACUGGAAAUCAUCUACGAUGCAAUWACAGUGAAUAGGAUGGCAGUGUUCUUCAGGCUGCCUGACGACCUGCAGCUCGAUGAGCUCACCAAUGCGACYCUGAUGAAACUGGAGCAGUUCAGAGACCGCACAUCCACCGGUUUGAUGUAUGUGAUCGAAACACAGAAAGUUCUGGACUUGAAGCUGAACUUGAUGGCCUCGUACGUCAUCAUCCCCCAGACCGGCUUUUACAACGGGACUCAGAACAUCUUGUUGUUGGAUCUCGGUCAUUUCAAGAUGUCCAGUCAAAGCAAGAAAAAUCUGCCGCAGCUGUCAGCGUGUUCCAGCAACCUUGAAGACCUCAUGUCCAGAGCGUACGACCGCUUCGAUGUGCAGCUUAGCAGCUUACAGUUCCUCUACAGCAAACCAGAUGGUGACUGGAAACAAGCUCGCAAACAGAAGAAGUCACCACUUCACAUCCUGGAGCCUGUGGAUCUGAAAGUAGUUUUCAGCAGGGCGAUGGUUGUUACAGACACCCGCAUGGCAAAAUAUGAGAUGUCUGGAGAACUUCCUCUGCUGUCUCUUCGAAUUUCUGAUACUAAACUUCGAAGUGUUCUGGAGCUGGUCGACAGUAUCCCACUGCCUGAGAGCAAACCUGCACGCAGCACUCCUGCUUCAAAUCAAAAAUCCAGGCAGUCGUUCACCCCUCAGCUCACUCCCAGAAAACGUCUGAACUUGGCCGACCAGCGCUCGUCUGUCAUUUUUGAGUCAUGUGACACGCUCAGCAUCUCCUCACUGGGAUCAGAGGAAGAUUUGUUCUACGACGCUCCCAGUUCUCCCAUCGGAGAUAAGCCGUUCUUCGCAGACAAUGCCAUGCCUCUGCGCUACGGAGACUUAAACAAAAAAAAGAGCCUCCUCAAAGAUCCUCAGAAGAACAUGAUUGACUUGAACAUGAAGUUUGAGAUCAAUGAGUUGUCUGUUCAGUUGUGUCGAAUGUCUGGAGGUCAAGAGGUCACGGUGCUCCACCUGGAUAUAGAGGGACUCGGCACUGAACUAAAGUUGUGCACCUUUAACAUGGUCUCCAACAUCUACCUGCGAGAAAUCUGCCUGAAGUGUCCUGAAUACAUGGAUUCUGAGGAUAAGCAAGUUCAGCUGAUCACCACUUUAGAUAAUUCAGAAGUUGACCUGCUUACCUUAGAGUAUACUAAGGCUGAUAAGAAUGGUCCUGAGUUCAAAACACAACAUAACAAUACAGAGCAGCUCAUCAAGGUGACCUUUUCGUCCCUGGAUGUUCAUCUGCAUACAGAGGCUCUCCUCAAUACUAUGAACUUCCUCAAUAAUCUCCUUCCUCCACCUGCCAAGAAGGAAGGGGGAGGUGAGGAGCUCCCCACCAUCCCCGAGGAGGAGGAGGAGGAGGGAGAGGAAGUGAAGGAGGAGGGGAAGAAGGAGGAAGCUGCUGUCACCAGGAAAAAGAGUUUAAAGAAGUCAAAGUAUGCAGAUGUGGUGAAUCUUCAUAUCAGAGCCGAUCUGCGCUGCUUGAAAGUGUUCAUUCGAGGACAGAAAGCCAGAGUCUCUGAGAUUGGUAUUGAAGGUCUGGUUUCUGAGGUCUUGAUGAGGAAGAAGGAGAUGAAGAUCCUAGCCAACCUGAAGAACAUUGUGAUCCUGGACUGCAACAGUGAUGCCAUUUACAAGAAGGCUGUCUCUAUUGAUGACAAGGAAGUAUUUUCCUUCCGGAUGACAAACUAUACUGGUGCAACAGAAGGAGAUGCAUAUCUAGACAUGUCUAAAGUUGACACCUGCGUCUCACUGUCGGUGGGGUGCAUUAAGGUGAUCUUCCUCAACAAGUUUGUGUCCUCCAUACUGGCAUUUAUCAAUAAUUUUCAGGAGGCAAAAGACGCCCUGGCUGAGGUGACAGUCCAGGCUGCAGAAAAGGCAGCCUCAGGUGUGAAGGAACUGGCCGAGCGGAGCUCUCGAAUCGCCCUUGACGUCCACUUCAAUGCACCAGUUAUCUUCCUCCCCCAGUCGUCCACUUCGUCAAACGUCAUUGUAGCUGAUCUUGGUCAGCUGACUGUCAAGAAUUGUUUCGCCAUGCAGCCUUGUAAAAGUGAUGCUAAAAUCCCACCUGUUGUGGAUAAAAUGACUGUGAAACUUACCGAUCUCAAGAUGUACAGAGCCAAGUAUGUCAAUGGGGGUUUUAAGGGAGAGAUGCAAGUUUUGAAGCCGGUUAGCCUGUAUUUGGAAAUACAGAGAAAUCUGUCAUCCAACUGGUACCACAGCAUCCCUGACAUAGAGAUCACUGCUCAUCUAAAGCCAAUGAGUCUGAUCCUCUGCCAGGAUGACAUGAUCGUUGUCCUGAGAACUCUGAGCGAGAACCUCUCAGAGAAAUCUGAUGCUGUUCAGCCUCCAGCUACUCUGCCCAUCCCUGAUCGCUCCUCUGACUCUGUAUCCAACAAAGAGUCCCAGAACUCAGGAGCCUCAGGACCUGCUAGCAGUAACACCGUGGUGACAGCUGCUGUGGUGGAGACUCAGAAGCGCAUCAAGUUAAAGACGACACUCAAGCUGGACUUCAAGUUUGACUCCAUGACGGUGGUCCUGUACAGCCCUAAUGAGAAUGUGGUACAACUCUUAGACCUUCACGAUGAGCAGCUGAAGCUGGCAGAAUUUACUCUGGGUACCAUCUCCACCUCUGUCUACAUGUACUCUGACAGCUCCAUGAAGGCCUCGGUCCGACUCUCUAUGUGCCUCCUGGAUGACAAGAGACCAAAAAUAAAGAUGGUCACCCCAAGGAUGAUGGCAAUGCGGCCAGGUGCAGAGCAGAACACGAUGGUGGAGGUGAACUACCGGCAGGGGCACGAAGGCACCGUUUUAGACACACUGGUGCAGGAUGUGUACCUGUGUGCCAGCAUGGAGUUCCUGCUCACCGUGGCUGACAUCUUUCUUAAAGCCACCCAGCAGGGCUUUGCUCUGGGUCCACAACUUAAAAACAACACAACUGGAGAGAAAAAGAACAUCAACUCCUCUGUUACCUCUAAAGACUCCAGUACAGCUGCAGCUCCGGUGUCAAAGACCGAGAUGAACRUUGUGGUGCGGAACCCCGAAAUUGUGUUUGUGGCUGAUCUGACUCGUGCUGAUGCACCAGCCCUGGUGAUGACCACACAGUGUGAGCUGCUAAUGAAAAGUAGUGCCGAGGGGUCAAUGAUGAAUGCUGUCAUCAAGGAUCUAAAGGUUAUGGCAUGCCCCUUCUUAAAAGAGAAGAGGAAAAACAAUGUCACCACCGUCCUGCAGCCAUGUCAGGUGUUCUUUAACAGUACUCAGUCCCCAACUACCCCUCAGACUAUGGAGGUCUCCAUCAACUCUCUCUUGUUGAAGGUAUCUCCUGUCAUCAUCAACACUGUAAUUACCAUCCAGUCAGCUCUGACCCCCACAGCGGAGACUCCUCAGGAGCAGGACAGUCCUGUUCCUGUGGAUCUUUGGGAAAAACGAGGCUGGAAAGAACUUAAAUUUUGGUUCUUAGAAGAGGAGGGGGAUGAAGACACAAAGUCAUUGACCCCACUGAUUCCCCAGGGAGAGUCGUUAAAGGUCACAAUUAAAUCAAUCUGUCUGACUCUGGAGGCUGGCGUGGGACAUCGCACYGUCCCCAUGCUUCUGGCCAAGUCCUCUUUUCAUGGAGAUGUGAAAAACUGGUCCACACUCAUUAACUUACACAGUGAACUCAACCUGGAGGUGCAUUAUUACAACGAGAUGCUGGGAGUGUGGGAGCCACUGGUGGAGCCUUUAGAAGAUGAGACCAGAGAAGGUUUCAGACCGUGGGCACUGGAGUUAAAGAUGAAAAAGAAGCCAGUGACUCAGUGUAUGUCAGAUGAAAUAGAUGGCAAUAUCCCAGAUUAUAAGACGGUUAUUUUCAUCCGGAGUAAAGACCAGCUCAACAUCACAUUGUCCAAAUGUGGGCUGACCAUGCUGAGUAACCUGGGCACGGCCUUUGCAGAGGCUGCCAAACAGACCACAGAGUGUUCUCAAAAGGAUGAAGCUCCAUUUGUUAUAAAAAAUAGGCUAGGACUUCCAGUAUCUGUCCGCUACAGUGAGAUGUUUUCUCCAAUCAACAAGGAGCACACCAACAACCACACAGUGAAGCUGCAGGGUGGCGAAACCUUCGAGAUGGACUAUUCAUCUAAAACAGACUCUGAUCAGUUCUCAGCAAUGAUCUCCCUGAGUGAAAAGGAUUACUACUUACAGCCCACUCCAGAGGGCCACACCUCAGCCAGUGUGAUCCCCCUGAUCAAAGUGGGCAGAGGAUUGUACAGCGUCAUGCAUUUAGACUCAGGGGUCACUCGUUUCCUGGUCUGUCAAGUUUCUUCUAUGGAGGGCAGCAAGUACAUCAAGAUCCGCUCUCCUUUCCAGAUUAUGAAUCAUUUCUUGACACCAUUUAAAGUUUUGGUGGGAUCAACAUGUCUGGGUGUAGCUGAACCCAAUGAGGAGUUUUGUGUGCCUCUGGACUCGUACAGGUCUGAACUGAGCCUUCAGCCAUUAACGGACGACGGCGCUGAUGACCAGCAGUUUGAGAUGUCAGAGGGCUUCAGUUACGAGUAUGUCUGCAUCCAGCAGCCUGAUGUCGGCAACCAUCACACACACCUGCAGCAGACAUGUCGUCGCCGUGGGGAUCAGAGCGGUGGGAUGACGAUCAAUAUCGUGCCGUUAAAGGAAACAGUGACGUUCAAACACCCCGAAGGUGUUGUGAGUUCCUUUGACGUUCCCUUUGUGUUUCACCUCUGGCCUCCUGUGCUGUUACGCAACCUGCUGCCCCACCCCAUCGCCUUCAAACUAAAGGAGAAUGGAGUUUCUGCCCCUGAAGUUACUCUGAAUCCAGGCCACUCUGCUCAGCUUCACACAGCUGUCAUCAAUCAGUCCAAACUCGAUCUUCGCCUGGUGGAUUAUUUGGCUCAGGACUGGUCUUCUGAAUACAGUCUCCAGAAAGACCAGGAUGAAAUCGCCUUCAUUGUGUUCAAGUCUCUACGUGUGGAUGAUGAAGAUGAUGGCGAAGGGACAGAGAGGAAUAGGGCCGAGUUGGACAUAGCAGUGCAUGUUAAAUACGACCCAGGGCAGACUGUUAUUGCCAUCCACUCUCCGUACUGGAUGGUGAAUAAAACGGGCAGGUUGCUGCAGUACAAGGCRGAUGAUAUCCACCGUAAACACCCCUUAGAUUACGACAUGCCCCUGCUGUUCUCCUUCAAGCCUCGCAACUUCCUGCGAAACAAUAAGGUUCGACUGAUGAUCUCAGACAGUGACCUGUCAGAUGAUUUCUCUCUGGACACAGUCGGCAGCCAUGGAGAUGUGAAAUGUAAAGGCAGAUACAAAGAUUAUCUGGUUGGCGUGAAGAUYGAGGCGAGCAGUUUCAGUCUCACGCGCAUCGUGACCUUCGUACCGUUUUACACGCUGGUCAACAGAACCAAGCACAAAGUUUUCAUAUGUGAAGAAGGACAGGAGAGCUGGACUGAGGCAGAGCCAGAACAGUCCGCUGUUCCAUUCUGGCCUGAGAACGACACCAAGCGGCUAAAAAUCAAAGUUGAAGGAUGUUUAGCGCCUCCCCAGACUAUUGACUUCACUCGACCUGAGAACUGCCUGCUGCUUCAUCUGGACAAAUCUGUGGGUGGCAUUAUUGUAGAUGUGAAUCUGUCGGAGCACUCAGCCACAAUCCGAUUCUCUGAGUACCAUGAUGGUGCAGCCCCCUUCCUCAUCAUCAAUCACACCAGAGACCACCCUCUUCAGUUCAAUCAGAGUGCUCGAAAGGAAGUCACGUGGGUGGCUGAAGAGCUGCUCGACUUUUCCUUCUCGUCGGAGGAGGACAGCUCUGAGGUGGAGGCAGAGAUCGAGGAGCUGGAGGCUGGAAAAGCUGUGUACUACACCUGGACUAAACCCAGUGGAUCCCGAGAGCUUAGUUGGAAGUGUGGCAAAUACAGUGGGAAGCUGAAGAGUGAGGAGGAUCUGCGGGAAGACAUGAACAAAGAGGGAAAACUUUUUGUGAUUUCGUUUUUUGAAGGUCUCCAGCGAGUUGUGCUGUUCACCGAGGAUCAACAGAUCUACAAAGUGCUGUGUGAGAAUGAAAAGGUGCAGCGGGCUGAACAGGAAAUCAUCCUGUCCCUGCAGAACGUGGGCGUGUCUCUGGUCAACAACACCAACAGCCAAGAGGUUUCCUAUAUUGGAAUCACAAGCUCCGAGGUGGUUUGGGAGUCCAAGCCUAAGAAGAAGAAUCGAUGGAAAACUCUGAGCUCUAAAGAAACUGACAUGUUUGAGGACAAGUUCAAAGAGUACAUUGAGUCUGGGCCGACUGAUAAUUCAACUGUUCAACUGGAGAACGACUUUCAGGUGUUAUUCACACCUAGUGGUACAAAUAUGCAAAUGCUUCAGCCGGUGGAGGUUCCUCUUAGGAGGCACUUUAUGCCUGGAGUGAGGGUGGAAUACAGCGUCUCACCAAGACAGAAAACCUAUCGUGUCCAAAUCCACCGCAUACAGAUCCAGAAUCAGCUGCCAGGAGCCAUCUUCCCUUAUGUUUUUUACCCUGUAAAGCUGCCAAAGUCGAUCACGAUGGAUUCAGAACCUAAACCUCUUACAGAUAUCAGCAUUGUUACCAGAGCUGCGGGACACUCCGACAUCUCUCGCAUCAAGUACUUCAAAGUGUUGAUUCAAGAGAUGAAUCUAAAGCUUGAUCUGGGUUUCCUUUAUGCCAUCCUGGACUUUUUUACUCCUGAGAAUGCCGGCAUCAUGACCUCAGAACAGGAGGUGGAGCAGUUUCAGAAGGACGUAGAGUACAUAAAGACACAACUAAAUCAUGUCUCUACUGCUGAUACAUCUCCCAUUAGUCUCUAUGAGUACUUUCACAUUUCCCCUAUCAAGCUGCAUUUGAGUUUCUCUCUGAGCACUGGAGGAGAAGACGGCUUGAAAGAGAAGCGAGAGACGGAACUCAUCCCCGUCCAGUCCCUCAACCUGCUGCUGAAAAGCAUCGGAGCAACUCUCACCGACGUGCAGGACGUGGUCUUCAAACUGGCCUUCUUUGAGUUGACCUUCCAGUUUUGUACGACCCAGCAGCUGCAGUGGGAGGUCAUCAGACAUUAUUCUAAGCAGGCCAUUAAGCAGAUGUAUGUGCUGGUGCUGGGACUGGAUGUGCUGGGAAACCCCUUUGGACUGAUAAGAGGAUUGUCAGAGGGUGUAGAGGCCUUUUUUUAUGAACCCUAUCAGGGAGCCAUCCAGGGUCCUGAGGAGUUUGUAGAAGGAAUGGCCUUGGGUGUAAAAGCUCUGGUUGGAGGAGCUGUAGGAGGGUUAGCAGGCGCAGCCUCCAGAAUAACGGGCGCCAUGGCGAAAGGCGUCGCUGCAAUAACCAUGGAUGAAGAAUAUCAGCAGAAGCGACGAGAAGCCAUGAACAAACAGCCCAGUGGGCUGAGGGAUGGGCUGACCAGGGGUGGGAAAGGACUGGUUUCUGGGUUUGUGAGUGGAAUCACAGGGAUUGUUACCAAACCUAUUAAAGGAGCUCAGAAAGAGGGUGCAGCAGGUUUCUUUAAAGGUGUUGGCAAAGGWUUGGUUGGUGCAGUGGCUCGACCGACGGGAGGGAUUAUCGACAUGGUCAACAAUACCUUCCAGGGCAUCAAGAGGGUAGCAGAGACCUCGCAGGACGUCAUAUCUCUACGUCCCCCUCGCUUCAUACAUGACGACGGCGUCAUACGACCGUAUAAAGAGAGGGAGGGCAUCGGCAGCCAGAUGCUGCAGAAAAUUGAGAAUGGACGUUUUGCGAAGUACAGAUACUUUGCUCACGCGAAAGUCAACGAGUCUGACUUCUUCAUGAUCACCAAGAGUGCAUGGAAAGAGAAGGGGUUCUGAACUACACUAAGCUUAUUUUAUCACAAGCUCACAAUGAACCAAACUUUAUCCUGCCCUAUUUGCACUUAUAUUUUUGCACAAAUCCAGUUUUUCUUUGAUGAAAAUAACAUUAAGUCUUGAGUUUACCGACAGAAACUGAAAGAUCAAACAAGACCUCCAAGUUUCUGUACUUCUGCGUUUUGCUGUCAAAUACAGGAGUUGCUGAUUUUGCAUUGCCAUAAAACAUUUUAAGUUGUAAAUAAUACAAGAAAUGUUACUACUAAUCUCUAAAACACUGAGGCCAAAUUAACUACAACAGUUACAGAUGAACACUAUUUUACUGGAAAACAUAAAAGGGAAACAAACUGAAAUAAAAGUAUGUUUAAUAUUCUUUAUCAUUCAAACUGUUAUUUUUUACUUUAGAUUUUCAAAAUAAAGACUGUUGAGUUAGAGAUUUACAUGCAUGCUAUUUUUAUACUGUACCUACAUUUACACAUGUAUCUGCUGUAUAUUAAGUAUUCUUUGGUUUAAUAUCAUCCUCAUUAAUCUAGGUGAUGUUUUUAUACCACACAUAUGCAAUGCAAACAAUAUAAUAUGCAGAGAAAAGUAUAUUUAAAAGAAAGGAAUUCUAAUUAUUAAUUAUCAGCUUUUACUCUUGUGUUUAUUGUUUUUUUUUCCAGGUGUGUCAAAGUUGAAAACGAUUAAAUAUUUCUAUCGCUUUUCCUGUUUUUUAUUUUGUUUUUUUCAGGGAAAGUAAAAAAUGUCUGCUGCUGUGGCUUUUUAGGUUUAAAAAAAUAAAAAUAUGCUUCAAAUUUUA